UGUUGUCGGUUGUUCGGUGGAAAGGUAUUGAAGGUUCACUCUUAUGUCAGGAAAGAAGGCAGGCGGAUCGGAGGACCGGCGAUUUAAAAGGAAUAAUACAGGAAUUGAUCAGUAGAAGGACAUGUCGGAGCGAGUAGCUUCAUGUGGGAAUCUGUAUGACACGAACACCCUUUUGCUUCGGUAUUGCAACGAUGAUAAUGUAUCAGCCGGGAGUGGGAUGGAGAUGGAUGACCGUCUCUCUCACCUGGAGCAGAGGGUGCAGCUGCAGGAGGAUGAGAUUCAGCUGCUGAAGGCGGCGCUGGCGGAUGCUUUGAGAAGGCUGGGCUGCUGUGAGGAGACCACACAGGCCAGCAGCAAGAAAGGUGGACCUACUAAAGUUCGGCAGAUAUUGCAAGCUCUGCCAUCCAAGCCUCUGACAAAUGGCUAUGUGCAAACAAAACGCUUGAGUGGCUAUCCUUCCUCUCCCUCCUCUCCGAAAAAGGAGGUGCUGAUGUCUAUCAAAAGGAAGAGCAUGUCCACAGAACGCCUGUCCACGGUGAAGAAGGAGAUGGCAGACUCCCGCAGCAGAACCACCUCAUCCAGCAGCUCAACAUGUGGAAAGAGAGACAGCAAAACCAAAGAGUGCACCUUCAAUGCUGAUGAUGGUUACGUGAGGAUGUUCCUACGUGGACGUCCAAUCACCAUGCAUAUUCCAGACCAGCUGAGGGAAAGUUACAGCCUUGACCACAAAGUGGCACUGCCAGAGCGCAAGCUAAAACUUCAGUGGGUUUACGGCUAUAGGGGAAGAGACUGCCGUUCCAACCUGUACCUGCUGCCGACGGGAGAGAUUGUGUACUUCAAUGCUUCCGUAGUGGUGCUGUACAAUGUAGAAGAGCAGCAACAAAGACACUAUCUGGGCCAUAAUGAUGAUGUCAAGUGUUUGGCCAUCCAUCCAGACAUGGUCACCAUAGCAACAGGACAAGUUGCCGGAACAUCCAAAGAUGGCAAAGCUUUGCAGCCUCAUGUCCGUGUGUGGGACUCCGUCAGUUUGAACACUCUCCAUGUGAUCGGAGCGGGCGUGUUUGACAGAGCUGUCACCUGUGUUGCCUUCUCAAAGUCGAAUGGUGGUGCUCAUUUGUGUGCGGUUGACGAUGCAAAUGACCACAUUUUGUCUGUUUGGGACUGGCAGAAAGAAAAGCAACUGGCAGAGGUUAAGGUGAGGAAAGGUGGCAUGCUGUAUAAAAGAGUGUGUGGCUAUGGAACGCUGGUGUCAGGUGGAGGAAAAGACCGCAGGGUGCUGCUGUGGGACCACGAUUACCGUAAAAAGAGUGAGAUUGAGGUUCCCGAGGCCUUUGGUCCUGUCCGCACUCUAGCUGAAGGAAAACAGGAUGAGCUGUUUGUGGGAACAACCCGAAACGCUGUGCUACGGGGCUCUUUCUCUGGUUCCCUCACUCCCAUUGUUCAGGGUCACACUGAUGAGUUGUGGGGCUUGGAUGUGCAUCCCAGUACUGAGCAGUUUGUGACAUGUGGUCAAGACAAGCAGGUCUAUCUCUGGGACACCUCUUCCCAUCUACCUCUGUGGAGCAAGGCCAUUGAGGACCCUGGGCGUUCUGUUGGAUUUCAUCCCAGUGGCACUGUUCUUGCUGUGGGCACUAUGACAGGAAGGUGGUUGGUGCUGGACACUGACACCCGUGAUCUCGUCUCUAUGCAUACAGAUGGCAAUGAAAUCAUCUCCGCUGUUAAAUAUUCUCCAGAUGGGGCGUACCUGGCUGUGGCUUCUCAUGACAAUUUUGUUUACAUCUACUCUGUUACUGAGAACGGAAGGAAAUACAGCCGUGUUGGCAAAUGCACUGGACACUCCAGUUUUGUCACUCAUCUCGACUGGUCCACCGACAGCCAGUUUAUUGUAACCAACUCAGGCGACUAUGAGAUCUUGUUCUGGGAGGCAUCCAGUGGGAAGCAUAUUACUAGUGCAGAUGCAGUGCGGAAUCUAGAAUGGGCCACUUCCACAUGUGUGCUAGGUUUCAAUGUGUUUGGAAUCUGGCCAGAGGGUGCUGAUGGCACAGACAUUAAUGCUCUAUGCAGGUCACAUGACAACAACCUCCUUGCCUCAGCUGAUGAUUUUGGCAAAGUGCACUUGUUCUCUAACCCCUGUUCCCAGCCAAGGGCUCCCAGCCAUAUCUAUGGUGGGCAUAGCAGCCAUGUGACCAACGUUGCCUUUCUCCAUGAUGACAGUCAUCUUAUCUCUACUGGUGGGAAGGACACCAGCAUUCUUCAAUGGGUGCUCGCUUAGUCACAUCUGAGCCGUCCUGCUGCAACCUCACUGUAGACUCCUGCCCACUAGAGGGCAGCACUGCUGUGCCUAAUUCCCUUCUCUGCUGUCCUGUUUGCCUUUAUUGUGUACUAUGUUAUUAGGUUUUUCAUUACGUGCUGGUGCAGAGUCAGUUUUGUCUCUUGUCCAGAUGUAUUUACCAUGAUUGUUUGAGGAGUAGAGACUGAGCUUAAAUCAGUGCUAAUUGGCAAACUCUAGUACAGGGGUGUCAAACAAUUCUUGGAGUGCCGUAGCCCUAAAGAGUUUUGUUCUAACCCUACUCUAACACACAUACCAUACGUUUUCAAAUAAGCCUGAAGGACUUGAUUAGUUGGAUCAGGUGUGUUUAGUUAGGGUUGAAUC